AUGGCGGAUUCGAAAUCGGAGAUUCUCAAAAGGUUGCGCUGCCAUCACUGCGCCGGCCCUCUUACCAAAGAAGCGGAAACUAGCGGCUGGACGAAUCGACCCCUGCUCCGAGACAGUUUUUCCAUGAUUGGAACUGCUGUUGGUGGUACCGCUGGCGCAUUCUAUGGGUUUAAUCAUGUGAUGCCGAUAGUUCAGAAGUACAUAAAAGGACCGAUGUGGGUUCAUUUCUUCAUUGGUGCACCUCCAGUAAUAGUAUUCGCUUCAGCUUGUGCCGGAUUUGCAGGUGGUGCAGUUCCAGCACUAGCACAACUUGCUUCUUCUGGGUAUCAUGCUGCCGUUUCCUCUCCAUCCUUGAAUCCUCCUCAAGAAGAUAAAGUGCACAGGUCCAGAAGUUCUUCUACCUUGUAA